CAUGUACAGGUUGAUGUCAGAACUAUUUUCCUUCCUACAACAAUUUGAUCUGCUUCCAUAUCUCUAUCGGUAGGGGAGGGAGGCUUAGCUCAGCUGGUGCGUCAGAGACACGUCGUCUUCGGUUCAUGCAAGGCGCCAGGUAGGCGUAGGCUCAGCUCCCUAUAAACCACGACGUCUCUCUCUCUCUCUCUCCACCAUUAUUAAAAUGGGUCGUAUCUGGUGUCCCUUUCCUCUCACAAGUUCUUAAGUCACACCAUAGCCACUAACACAAAAACGAUCGGUGCCCUUAGGAUUCUGCAACAACGUCGUUGUUCCUUUUCCCUUCCAUAAUUCAGAGUGUUUCUGUUUGAAAUACCAUCCCAAGUUUCUGAAAACAGCCAAGUAUGGUGGCCUUGGUACCUCAAGAGAAUGUGGUUCCCUUAGUGUCUCGAACAGGAAGACAUUUGCAGCGUUACAGCAAGGGCCGUCGCCUAGUUGUCGGAUGCAUACCUUACCGAUAUAAAACUUCCUCGGUUGAGGAAAAACAAGAACUGGAAGUCCUUGUCAUCAGUUCACAGAAAGGCAAAGGAAUGCUGUUUCCCAAGGGAGGUUGGGAAAUAGAUGAAUCCAAGAAGGAGGCAGCUUCUCGUGAGACUUUAGAGGAGGCUGGUGUACGAGGCAUUGUUGAGCAUGAAUUGGGUAAAUGGAAUUUUAAGAGUAAGACCCAUGACACCCAUUAUGAAGGAUAUAUGUUCCCUUUACUUGUUCAAGAGCAGUUAGACAUCUGGCCAGAGAAGAAUGUUCGUCAAAGAGAAUGGAUGAGUGUUGAUAAAGCUAGAAAAGCAUGCCAAUACUCAUGGAUGAAGGAAGCAUUAGAUAUACUAGAACAACGUCUCAUGUCUCAGCGCCAACUCGAUGAGGAAGAAGUUGCCCCUUGUUCCUUAUGUUAGCCGAAGAAAUCAAGCUGAUUUGUAAAUAGAAAGUUGUGCAAGAGCACAACGAGUUUGCGGUUAGACCGAAAUUAAAGAUGGGUAGGAAUGAAUACAUGAAAGAACAGCUGAGAAGAGUACGAGGUAUCUUCAGGGUCCCUUCAGAACUGAAGCUUGUUAGCUUUGCCCAAGGUCAUUCAGGCUCAUAACUCCUUCCAUUUUAGCAUGGAGUUGAAGCUGUGGCUGGAAUCUCCAUUGGGAUGUCCAGUUAUGUCACUCAGCAAGACAGCAACUGCAAAUAUGUUGAACAAUGUACAAUAUAGUUUCUGAAAAUAAAAGACUGAAGGACUAAUGGAUUUGGUUUUUUCAAAGUAAAGUUAUUAUACUUGCUUAA